AUGUUAAUUGGUCGCCAAGGAAUACCACAGACGUUAUACAGCGACAACGCAACCAACUUCGUCGGCGCCGAUCGCAAGUUGCGCGAACUAAAAGAGGCGUUUCUGUCCCAGUCUCCGGAAGUAAUGGAAUUCGCCGCCGAAGAAGGGUUCAAAUUCGCCUUUAUACCACCGAGGGCGCCGCACUUCGGCGGGUUAUGGGAAGCGGCAGUGAAGUCCGCCAAGCACCUCGCCGUACGCGCAAUGGGCAACGUGCUGCUCAUCGCCGAAGAGCUAGGAACACUGCUGGACGAAGUAGAGGCCAUCCUCAACUCUCGGCCCCUCGCACCGUUGAGCCAGGAUCCCAACGACGGCGAAGCAUUGACUCCAGCACACCUACUAAUAGGGUGCUCCCUCCGAGCCUUACCACCGUCACAAGUGUCAAAGGACCCAAUUCGCUAUUGCGAGAUUUGGCAACUUGUUUACUGUCUAAAGCAACAGUUUUGGCGACAGUGGUCCAAAACGUACAUUACCAGUCUUCAGGAGCUCAACAAAUGGCUGUACCCAAAACGCAACCUGCAGCCGGGGAUCUCGCCCUCGUCCACGAAGACAACACGCCACCGCAGCGGUGGGCACUAG